GCAGAGAGAGAAUUCAAAUUCCUCGGUGUCUCCCCAUUCCCCAAUACCACCAGUCCACCACCACCACCGCCACCCAAUCCGUCGCUCUCCUCCACCUCCUCCCGCCGGCGAUCGCCGCCGGGACCUCCUAGGCGGUGCGCCACUCCGGGACCGCGCGAUGAAGCUGACAAUCAACAAGGCGUGCGACAUCGCCUCCAUCUCCGUCCUCCCUCCCCGGAGGACCGGAGGGAGCAGCGGUGGCGGUGGCAGGAUGAGCGCGGCGGCGGCGCAGCAGCAGCAGCAGCAGCGGUCCCAGUCGAUGUCUCAGAAGUCCUUCUCGCAGGGCGGAGGAGGCGUCGGCUCGUUCUCGCAGAGCGUCGGCGCGUCCUUCUCGCAGGGCAUGGGGAGCGGAGGCGCGUCCUUCUCCCAGGGCAGAGGCGCGUCCUUCUCGCAGAGCAGCAGCACCGGAGGCGCGGCCGCGGCGUUCUCUCAGGGCGGAGGUGGCGGAGGCGGAGGCGCGUCCUUCUCCCAGGGCAGAGGCGCGUCCUUCUCGCAGGGCAGCGGCACCGGAGGCGCGGUCGCGGCGUUCUCUCAGGGCGGAGGUGCCGGCAGCGGAGGCGCGGACUUCUCCCAGGGCAGAGGUGGCGGAGGCGCGGCCUUCUCUCAGGGCGGUGGAGGUGGAGGCGCGUCCUUCUCUCAAGGCGGUGGCAGCGGGUCGCUCUUGCACGCGCAGUCGCAGCUCUCGGAGGCCUCCCUCAACGAGAACCUCCUCUCGCAGGCUCCCGCGCGCGACCAGAGAUUUUCCUUGCAAGAGGACUCGUCGAAGAGGACGCCUUCAUAUCCUGCCAGUUCUGCUUCUUGUGUGCGCGAGGAUUCUCAGCUGCAACUGACAACAAUACCAACCAACCCUAUCCACCGCUGGAGCCCCUCUCUUCCGGAUAGCAGAUGUGAUGUUGUUUUGACAGGUCAGAUUAAUGAGGAAGUGGAGCGCAAAUUUCAGCAUCUGGCAAGUUCAGUGCAUAAGCUGGGAAUGAUAUUAGACUCGGUGCAAAAUGAUGUGAUGCAGUUAAACAGAUCCAUGAAGGAGGCAUCAUUAGACUCUGGUAGCAUUCAAAAAAAGUUUGUGCUCCUAGAGGACUCUCUAAAGCAAAUUCUUAAGGGACAAGAUGAUAUCAAAGCACUCUUUGAAGGAAGCACAGAAAGUAAUCCUGACCAGCUGAGUGUUCUCAACUCUCACACCAGGAAACUGGAUGAGAUGACCUCUAUACUCUCAGCCUUGCCAAAUCAUCUGCAAGCUGAAUUUGGGCAACUGAAGGGUGACACCUAUAGAAUUUUUACAAAGGAGAUGGAGGGGAUCGCUAGAGGUAUCAGAUCUAUCAAUACUAGGCUUGAUGCGAUGCAAAUGCUGGCAGAGCAGAGCUGCACCACCAAUGCAAAAACCCUGAUGAACCAGACAGCAGUAGCACAUGGAAGUCCCCUGAUGAACCAGACACCAGUAGCAGUUGGAAGCACCCUGAUGAACCAAGGAGCAGUAGCAGAUGGAAGCCCCCUGAUGAACCACCAAGGACCAGUAGCAGAUGGAAGGCCACAGAAAAGACAAAGACCAGCAGCAAAUGGAAGGUCGCAGAGGAAGAAGCAAACACCGGUAGCAAGUGGAAGGGCCCAGAGGAAGAGACAAAGACCAGUAGCAAAUGGAAGGCCCCAGGUGAAACAAGCACAAACAGCAGAUGGAAGGUCGCAGAUGAACCAGAAACCCGAAGCAAAUGGAGAAGCCCUGAUGAAACAAGUACUACCAGCAACACAAGUGGCUCCCGCACCCUUGGUUUAUCAGAGGAAGAAGGAAGGUGUGCAGCCAAAGGCGGAACAGGGGAUGUCAAAGGCCGGCACAGGUGCACAGAAACUGGCUGGCUCAGGCGACAGCAGGCCGGCGUCGCCUAAAGAGCAAGAGUUGGCGAUCCAGAAGGACAAUGCAGAGGCGCCAAUCAACAAGGCGAUGUUGGCCAUUCUCAUCGACUCGGACGAGGAGGAGGAGGAGGGGGGUGGCAGCGAGGGGAACGCGUCCUGCGUCCUACUGAAGUCGACGGAAGCAGGAGGUGGUGUGGCGAUGGCGGAGGAGGCGAUGGGCGAGGGGGAGGCGCUGGAGAUCCUGCGGCGGGCGAGGAAGCGCCGGCGGAGGGAGGAGGCCAACGCCGUCGUUCUCGACCACUGAUAGACUGUUUAUUUAGUAGCAGCAACCCAACGGUAGCGAACUAGCGAUUGGCGUACAGAUACAGAUACAGGGGCGGCUCGACAGACAAUGUGUUAAUAACAACAGAGGUUUAGGGGGCGUAGUACAGAUUACAGAGGGAGAGGUGAAAAAAAAAAUACUGGAGUAGACGGCAAGAUGAGGUACAAUCAGAGGGAGGCAGACACUGGUGUGUGUAAUGUUAC